AGUAAGGAGUAAACUACAUCUCGUAAUAUACCGCUUUAGAUCACGUGAUCAAGCUUUCAAAAGCAGCGGCAUAAAUUUGAACCAAGCCUACAGUUUAAGAUAGAAGAUGGCUCCACAGCUAUCACUAAAAGAAGUGUUUACAGAAUGCCAGCGUGGACUGCAAAGCCAUGGAAAACUUAUCAAGAUGCUGAAAAAUAUUUAUGAUAAGACUGAUCUAGAAGAAUUCUGGCUCGACUUCGUUCACCACCUCAAGUUCUCUAUGGUGGUUUUUAAGAGGGAACCUGCUGUUGAAAGAACAUUGGACUUUGCGGUGAAAUUUGCCACGUCCCUAAAUGAAGAAGAGAAAAACACAAAUAAAGAAGAACAAACACAGACAGAGGAAGUUACUGAUGAUGAAGUCUCUGAGAACAACUUCCUGUUGAAGAUGUUUGAUUUCCUUCUACAGUCCCACAAUGCACGAGAUAGAGCUGUUCGCUUUCGCUGCUGUCAAAUGAUCAACAAGUUGCUGAACAACCUUGGUGAAGAUGCCCAGAUAGAUGAUGACCUCUAUGACAAAAUCUACAACAGCAUGCUGCAGAGGCUGAAGGACAAGUUCCCCAUAGUAAGAGUGCAGGCAGUUAUGGCUGUUGCCAGACUUCAGGAUCCCACAGAUCAGGACUGCCCUGUUAUAGAUGCUUACCUGUUCCUACUGAGUUCUGACCCCAACCCAGAUGUGCGCAGGGCUGUGCUGCAGAACAUAGCCGCCUCCACCAAGACCUUGCCGCACAUCAUUGAGCGCACGAGAGAUGUCAAGGACACUGUCAGGAAGCUGGCGUACCAAGUUCUGGCAGAGAAGAUUCACAUCAGGGCCUUGACUAUUGCACAGAGGGUGAAACUGCUGCAGGACGGCCUCAAUGACAGAGCAGACAUGGUGAAAGAGGCCUGCAGCAGUAAACUCCUGCAGUCCUGGCUGAGAGCCUUUGAGGGCAAUGUUCUGGAACUCCUCAAGUGUCUGGAUGUGGAGAACUCUCUGAAGGUGGUGGAGCAGACUCUCAGUGCCCUCUUCCAGAAAGUGCCAGCUGCUGAGCUGGUGCAGAACUUUGACCAGUUGAAUGAGGAGCUGGUGUUGCCUACAGAAUCCCUAAGCUGUGAGAGUGUAUACUACUGGCAUGGUUUGUGCAAACACCUAGCAGGACUGGGGGAGAGUGGUGAGGAACAGCUGGAGAUGGUGCUGCCACCUGCUGUCAAGUUUUGUGAUUACAUACACAAAUUUAUUGAGGACACCAAGGAUGUUGAUGAUGAAGAAGAGCAGUUGAGAAAUGAAUUUAUUGCCCAGCAGUUGCUCACCAUGACAGGGCUACUGGAUAUCUCAGAUGAGAUGGGGAGGAAAAGUGUGUUCAAGCUUGUUCAUGACCUGUUGGUGCUGCCCCACGUCAACUACACCUUGGUGAAACCACUGGUUACCAGGCUGAACCAGCUCCAGACCAAUGAAGAUACCAGGAUUGCCACACUGGUGGAGAUCAUAUCAGAUAUCAGGGAACCAAUCACCACAAAAACUCAGGAACUAAGCAAGGAGGAGAGGAGGCAGAUUGAUCUCAAGGUUGCUAGUAUCCGUGUAGAGUUGAACCAACUCCGUGAUCAGCUUGACCAGUGUGUCCAGCAGCAGGAGUUUGAGAAGGCAGCUGAGAUCAAGAGUAAGGUCAGUGACCUCCAGACCAGCAAGGCCUCCCUCAUAGACUCCAUGCUGCCCACAACACAGGAGGUGCGAGAGGAGAAGAAUGAUGCUGCAACUCUGCUGAAGUGUAUGACCAUCGCUGGUGAACUGCUGCAGGGCCUGACUAUCAGAGAGCUGACCCCAGUGCUGCAGACACUCAUUGAAAGUCUGAUCCUGCCUGGCUUCCAGAAUGAAGACCCAGCAGUAAGGAAUGCUGCGGUGCGUGCUCUGGGUCUGUGCUGUAUUAUAAGCAAGGAAGCUGCUAGAUCUCACCUAGUUCUAUUUAUACAGGUUUCCCAAGUUGAUCAGGAAACGGUUAAGAUUACAGCUCUCAAAGUGAUAUUUGACUUGCUGCACAUCUUUGGUUUGGAGGCCUUUGAUGUGCAAGAGAAUGAAAACACAACACAGGAUAUUGACCAGACUAAAGACAGCAACAGUGACAGUAGAGUGACCCAGGAGAAUUCUGAGGUCUCAGUUGUUGAGGGAGAGGAGAAGGAAGAGGAGGCAGAUGACCAGAGCAAGAAUACUAGCAUUGCAGCCUCUCUUGUCACCAUCUUGUUGGGUUUGCUUGACAGUGAGAGCUCUGACAUGAGGACAGCCACAGCUGAGGGUCUGGCCAAACUUCUGCUAUCUGGACGCAUGGUGUCGGCCAAACUUCUCUCCCGCCUGCUGCUGCUGUGGUUUAACCCUGUAACAGAGGAUGACUCACACCUUCGACAUUGCCUGGGGACCUUCUUCCCAGUGUUUGCUUUUGCUGGAAGAACCAACCAGGAGAUAGUUGAGCAGGCCUUCCUCCCUACUCUGAAGACCCUGUUCAAUGCCCCAGCCUCCAGUCCCCUGGCUGAUGUUAAUGUGAGUAGUGUGGCUGAGCUGAUGACCCAGUUAACCAGUCAUAAACACCUGCUACAGGCACCGCAUGGGGACACAGAGAUACAGGAGAGUUCUGUCCAUGAUAACCUUGCAGUGACAAUCAGUAACGAGGUCCUCAGUGACCCCAACUCCUUCAAUGUGCGCACCUUGGUGAAGGUGUUGAACCUGCUGGAGCUGAGCCCUGGGAACACCUCCAACCUCAAAGACCUGCAGGUGCUGGCUGACAGGAUGCUGGAGGAAGUAAAGGAGAAACAGUGUGUCAAAGCCUUGGAGAAAUUCCAGAAGAGUGUUUCCAAUCUGCUGCAAGAAGAACAACUGGCUGUCCCAGUUGCAGAGGACACAGCUGCUGUAAAUGAAACCGUGAAUGAUACAACUAACAUCACCACAACAGACGCAGAGAAACAGACAGAAGAAUCUGCUGCUGCUGCUGAGAGCAUCAGUCAAGUGGACAAUGUUGUAACUGACCCUGUAGCAACAGAGAUAGCUCAGCCAUCUAAGCAGGUUGAAGACAACAUUCCUGAUUCAGAACUUCCUGCAGCAGAUGCCCCAUGUUCUACCACAACCAAAGGCAAGAAGAAAGGCAAUCCCAAGACAGCUAAUACACCUGGGACAGCCAAGAGGAGGAAGAAUAAGGUUAAACAACAGGAAGAACAAGAGAAUACUGACAGUGACACAGAAAACACAGUAGAAGCAAGUGUGUUUGCUUCUCCGUCUCCUACCCUCAAACCUAUCAGAAGACGGGUUCCAAGAAAGGCAUCAGUCAAGAAGAUAGUGAACUUUAGUGACUGUUUAUCCGAAAGUGAAAGUGAAAAUGAAACUGCUGCAAAAGGAAGAACAAGAUCUUCAAGAAACCAAGCUUUGAGUGACAUAGAAAACACAGUUUCAUAGGGGAAUGCAACCUAAUCUCGGGAGUCAUCACAGUUUUCAAGAACUUGAGAGACUUCAUAAAAAUGGCUUUAAAACGUUUUGCAUUAUACAUCUGUAUUAUGAGGGAUGAGAAAUUGAUUUUUGUUGAAGUAAUUACAUAGCUAAAAUUUACUACACACCUUACAUAAUUAGCAAAGACAGUCAUUCAAAUUUGGUACUGAUGAAGUAAAAAAGCCUUUAAAAUUGUUAAGUAUCACAAUUGUCAAUUUUAAAGCUUUUUAUUACUGCAAAUAAUGUGGUGGAGUUUCUGUAAAAAAGAACUUAUUAGAUCUGAAUUUUGGAACAACUGAGUGCAGUUAAAAGUGUGUCCUCCUGGAACUCUGAACAAAAUGCAUUUUUUUUUUAUAAAUGUAGCCUGAAACCAAUGUUUAACAUUGAAUAAAAUCUUAGAUGAUUGCAUUUUGUAUAUGCUUUUAGUUAAGAAAUUUUAAUAUGCAUGGUGUUUUAAGUGUAUAGUGUGUAAAAAGGACAAUGUUGAAAUUAUCUAUCCACUCAUAGAACCUCCAUUACUAGAGUUCAACCCCCUUAAAAUAAUUGACUCUUAGUCUAGAUCCAUAAGUAUGUUACAUUAUAUUUAUCACAUCAUUUGACUUCCUGAUAAACUGUGAACAAAUUAACACUUGGGCAUUUUUAAUUGUUUUCAAUGUUUGAAAGAACACUU